AGUAACAGAAGCGCGCAUGUUAGCAUCCUUUUGUAAAUAUAAACUAUCGUACGCCCCAAUGAGUGGUGCGCGCACUCGGGUUUAUGGCUUGCAAAUUAAAUACAAAACGGGGAAACAAUAGAGCAGCCAGUGUUUCAGCUUGCUUACCGACUUAGUCACCAGAGAGAGAGAGAUAGAGUUGGAGGUGAGCGAGGGAGUGACUCAGUGAGCGAAGAAGAUGGAGGGUGAGCCAACUCGGAUAAUGCUGGCAGUGAACGAGUCGACGAUCAAGGGGUACCCGCACGCCUCCAUAAGCAGCAGAAAGGCCUUCGAGUGGACUCUGCAGAAGAUCGUCCGCUCCAACACCUCUGGCUUCAAGCUCCUCUUCCUUCAUGUCCAAGUCCCUGACGAAGACGGUUUUGAUGACAUGGACAGUGUCUAUGCAUCACCUGAGGAUUUCAAAAAUCUGAGGAAUAGAGACCGCGCCAGAGGGCUUCAUCUGCUGGAGUUCUUUGUUGAAAGAUGUCAUGCAAUUGAGGUUGGUUGUGAAGCAUGGAUCAAAAAGGGGGAUCCCAAGGAAGUAAUCUGUCAUGAGGUGAAGCGUGUGCGGCCAGACUUUCUGGUUGUGGGCUGCCGGGGCCUUGGUCCUUUCCAGAGGGUUUUUGUUGGGACAGUGAGUGAAUUUUGCGUGAAGCAUGCUGAGUGCCCUGUGAUCACAAUCAAGCGCAGCGCAGAGGAAACACCUCAGGAUCCUGUUGAUGACUGAGUUUUCCUGGAAUGUGCAUGUUUGAAUUCUUUAAUUCUGUCCAGUCACUUUCUACAUCAGACCCUUGUGUACCUAAACACCAACUGGGAACAAAUUAGAUGUAUUGCUUCUGUUUGCAAUUAUGCACAGACGAAGAAUUACGGCGAAAUGUACGAAGGAACUUGGAUAUUUUGUGUUAGUUUGGGCGUUCAUUUUAGGAGCUUUCUUGUUUAUGAUAUAAUAUUAGGAGCUUUAUUGUUUAUCAUA